AACCAUGUCGGCGAUUGGGGCACCCAGUUUGGCAUGCUGCUUGCCCAUCUGAUGGACAAGUACCCUGACUACAAGAAGACCCCUCCGCCCAUUGCCAAUCUUCAGGUGUUCUAUAAGGAGUCGAAGAAGCGCUUCGACGAGGAGCCAGAGUUUAAGAAGAAGGCCUACGAAACCACUGUUAGACUGCAGGCUAAAGAGCCCGAAAUGAUUCAGGCUUGGCAGCUGAUUUGCGACAUCUCGCGAAAGGAGUUUGCCGAAGUGUACCAGAUUCUCGACAUCAACCCCGGGCUGACUGAACGUGGCGAGUCCUUCUACCACGACCGCAUGCAGACCGUUGUCGCCGACCUCAUUGAGCGGAACUUGUUGGUCGAGGAGGAAGGUCGCAAGUUAAUCUACCCAACCAACAAGAGCUACCCUCCGCUGACCAUCGUCAAGUCUGACGGCGGCUUCACCUACGACACGUCAGACAUGGCGGCAAUCAGACAGCGAGUCACCGAGGAGAAGGCCACCCGAGUUAUCUACACGGUGGACAUUGGUCAAAGUGUGCACUUUCACUCACUCUUUGACUGCGCUCGCAUUGCCGGCUACUACGAUCCGACCACGACUCGCGUUGAGCACCUUUCUUUUGGAGUGGUCUUGGGUGAGGACAAGAAAAAGUUCAAAACUCGCUCCGGUGACACGGUCAAGCUAAAGGACUUGAUCAGUGAAGGCCUGGAAAGGUCGCUGCAGAAGCUGAAGGAGAAGGAGCGUGACAAGGUGCUGACUGAAGAGGAGCUGAAGGCCGCGCAGGAGGCGGUUGCCAUUGGCUGCAUCAAGUACUCUGACCUGAGCCAUGACCGCAAUCAUGACUACGUCUUCAGCUUUGACCGAAUGCUCGACGAUCGUGGAAACACUGCCGUGUACCUCCUCUACGCCUUGACGCGAAUUCGAUCGAUCAUUCGCAACGCCAACUUGCCCAAGUCAGUUUCUGAGAUUGGCACUGAGAUGAUGCUGAACGGCAGUCUGACGCUUGAUCACCCUCGGGAGAUGAAGCUGGCCAAGGCCAUCACCAACUUUACUGAUGUGAUUGUGCAAAUUGUCGAUGAUCUCUACCUGCACAGCCUCUGUGCCUAUCUCUACAAUUUGUCGGUGGUCUUCAGUGAGUUUUACGACGUCUGCUAUGUGAUCGAGAAGAAAGACAAUGAAACGAAGGUGAACCUGAACCGAGUUGUCCUCUGUGAGGCCACUGCUCGCAUCUUUGAGACUGGCUUCUACAUUCUGGGCAUCAAAACGGUCGAAAAGAUGUAA